AUGAAGUCUUUCAGUCGGGUCGGCAAGGUAGAUGAAGUUCUUAGGCUCUUCCGUCAGAUGAAAGAAGGUCCGUGCUAUCCCAACGUUCUCUGUCACAACACCGUGCUUAAUUGCCUCGCUGCUGCGAAUCGCUUUCAUGCGCUUCGUGCGGUUUUGGAGGAGAUGUACUUUUCCGGUGUAAUUCCCAAUGUCUCCACCUUCAACAUCUUGGUCAAGGCGUAUUCCUGUCAUUCCUAUCAGUUCAAUUUGGCUUUCCGUGUCCUGGAUGAGAUGUCCUCUGUGGGUUGCAAUCCAGAUGUGAUUACUUACUCGACCUUGAUUACUGGUCUUUCUAGAGCAGGAAGAAUUAUAGAUAUAGAAGCUGUAAUAGAGAUGAUGCUCGAUCGGAACUGUGAUCCGAAUGUUUAUACGUUUGCUCCUAUUUUGAAAGCUCACUGUGAGAGAGGAGAUGUCAAAGCUGCAGAAACACUGAUUGAGACGAUGCGGGUGAGCAAUUGUCUUCAGAAUUCUCUAGUUCACAACAUCUGGAUUGAUGCACUUUGCAAAAGUGGGCGUUUUGAUGAGGUUGAGUUGAUCUUUAAGGAAGGCACAUCGAAAGGUUGGAAGCCUAGCACUAUCAGUUAUAACACCUACAUGAAUGCACUUUGUAAAGGGGGCAAGGCUGAUGAAGCUUACAGAGCAUUAGAACUUAUGAUGGGCAAUGGACUAUAUCCUACUGUUGUGACCAUGAGUAUACUUCUUGAUUCCCUCUGCCAUGCUUCAAAGGUUUUUGAGGCAAAGAAAGUUUUGGACCUGAGUUUCCAUUUUGAUUGGGAAGUCAGUUUGGUAAGUUACAAUAUUGUGAUGAAUACAUUAUGUAAGAUCGGUCACUGGCGGAGUGUUAUGAUGCUAUUAGUUGACAUGUUAAAGAAGGGAGUUUGUCCGAAUACUAGGACUUAUAAUAUUGUGGUUCAUAGCCUUUGUGAAGCUAAAAAGCUGAUGGAAGCGGAAUAUUUGGUUGAGUGCAAAGGUUUCAGUGCUGAUGUUGUGACUUAUAACACGUUAUUGAAUGGGUAUUGCAAGACAGGAAAUUUAUCUGAAGUAAAUAAUUUGUAUCAUAGAAUGACAAUCAUGGAAAAGAUUGAUCCCGAUAUUUUUACAUACAACAUUCUGAUUGAGAUUCACUGUAAAAAGGGAAAAAUUAAGGAUGCUGUGGAUAUCUUUGGCGAGGCUCAUCUCAAAGGUUUCUUGCCAGAUCUUGUUGCAUACUCCACUUUCAUUGAUGGUUGUCUUAAGAAUGGUCUACUCGACAAGGGGCUGCAGCUGCUGGAUAGAAUGCUAGAGCAGGGACUUGUUCCUAAUAUUGCUGUUCAGGAGUCAUUUGUUAGGGCAUUUUGUAAGAAAAACUCGUCGCAUGUUUGGAUAUCUGUUGAGAAAUUACUUGGGAGGAGGUAG